AUGAAUCGCCUUGCAGAUUGUAGGCAGAGUAAACAACCAGGGCCAGGCAAAAGCAAACUCCUGUUCACUCAGCUCCCUUCCACAAUGCCCAAAGCACUCCUGCUGCUGGCUGUUGCCCUGGUGCCACUUGGGCUUGUGCAUGGAGCCGUGCUGAGAAACAAAGAAAAAUGGAAGCCCCUCAACAAUCCUAGAAACCGAGAUCUGUUUUUCAGAACCCUUCAGGCAUAUUUCAAAGGAAGACGUCUUGAUCUUGGAAUGUUUUCAAAUAUUUCCUCCAUGAACGAGAAUCCCGGACCUCUCUCUUUCCAAUCAGAACCUAUUGCUUCUGCAUUUGCAGAUUAUGAAGAACAGAAAAACUCCUUCCCCAAUUACCUCAAAGUCUGA